GUUCCUUUCUGUCCUGAUUGUGAGUGACGAGAAUGGCAGCGUGGACGUGACCGGCACCACCGUCCACACAGCGAGUCGGCAGCGCCAUGCAGAAGCCCAGCGGCCUGAAGCCCCCCGGCCGUGGGGGGAAGCACUCCAGCCCCGUGGGCCGGGCAUCCACGGGGUCAGCCUCGGGCGCUGCCGUGGCCACUGGCUCCAAGGAAGGCUCCCCCCUGCACAAGCAGGCAUCCGGACCCUCCUCAGCCUCCCCCGCCCCCGAGAAGCCAGGCCCAAAGGCGGCCGAAGUGGGCGAUGACUUCCUGGGGGACUUCGUGGUGGGCGAGCGGGUGUGGGUGAACGGCGUGAAGCCAGGCUUGGUGCAGUACCUGGGCGAGACGCAGUUUGCACCGGGCCAGUGGGCGGGCGUGGUGCUGGACGACCCCGUGGGCAAGAAUGACGGCUCGGUGGGCGGCGUGCGCUACUUCGAGUGCCAGGCGCUGCAGGGCAUCUUCACGCGGCCCUCCAAGCUGACCCGGCAGCCCGCUGCCGAGGGCUCUGACUCGCACUCAGUGGAGUCGCUGACUGCACAGAACCUGUCGCUGCACUCGGGCACGGCCACGCCCCCGCUGGCGAGCCGCGUCAUCCCGCUGCGGGACAGCGUCCUCAACAGCUCCGUCAAGACGGGCAACGAGUCUGGCUCCAACCUCUCAGACAGCGGCUCCGUGAAGCGGGGCGACAAGGACCUGCGCCUGGGAGACCGAGUGCUGGUUGGUGGGACGAAGACGGGCGUGGUGCGCUAUGUGGGGGAGACAGACUUCGCCAAGGGCGAGUGGUGUGGCGUGGAGCUGGACGAACCCCUUGGGAAGAACGACGGGGCCGUGGCAGGCACCAGGUACUUCCAGUGUCCGCCCAAGUUCGGCCUCUUCGCACCGAUCCACAAGGUCAUCCGCAUCGGCUUCCCGUCCACCAGCCCAGCCAAAGCCAAGAAGACCAAGCGCAUGACCAUGGGGGUCUCUGCCCUCACACACAGCCCCAGCAGCUCCUCCAUCAGCUCUGUCAGCUCCGUGGCCUCCUCCGUGGGAGGCCGGCCCAGCCGAAGUGGCCUGCUCACCGAGACCUCCUCACGCUACGCCCGCAAGAUCUCGGGCACCACGGCCUUGCAGGAGGCGCUGAAGGAGAAGCAGCAGCACAUCGAGCAGCUGCUGGCCGAGCGGGACCUGGAGCGGGCCGAGGUGGCCAAGGCCACGAGCCACAUCUGCGAGGUGGAGAAGGAGAUCGCCCUGCUCAAGGCACAGCACGAGCAGUAUGUUGUAGAGGCCGAGGAGAAGCUGCAGCGGGCCCGGCUGCUGGUGGACAGCGUGCGCAAGGAGCAGGUGGACCUGUCCAACCAGCUGGAGGAGGAGAGGAGGAAGGUGGAGGACCUGCAGUUCCGAGUGGAGGAGGAGUCGAUCACCAAGGGAGACCUGGAGACCCAGACGCAGCUGGAGCACGCGCGCAUUGGGGAGCUGGAGCGGAGCCUGCUGCUGGAGAAGGCGCAGGCCGAGCGGCUGCUCAGGGAGUUAGCGGACAACAGGCUGACGACGGUGGCCGAGAAGUCGCGGGUGCUGCAGCUGGAGGAGGAGCUGAGCCUGCGUCGCGGCGAGAUCGAGGAGCUGCAGCAGUACCUGCUGCAGGCCAGCCCGCCGCCCACCGACCACCCCGAGGCCGCCGAGAGCCUGCGGCUGCGCGAGCGGCUGCUGUCGGCCAGCCAGGAGCACCAGCGGGAGAGCGGCGCGCUGCGGGACACGUACGAGGCGGCGCUGAAGACCUACCAGGCCGAGGUGGCGAAGCUGCGCGCGGCCAACGAGCGCUACGCGCAGGAGGUGGCGGACCUCAAGGCCAAGGUCCAGCAGGCCACCCACGAGAACAUGGGCCUCAUGGACAACUGGAAGUCCAAGCUGGACUCGCUGGCCUCCGACCACCAGAAGUCCCUGGAGGACCUCAAGGCCACGCUGAACUCGGGCCCCGGGGCCCAGCAGAAAGAGCUGGGCGAGCUGAGGGCCGUGCUGGAGGGCGUGAAGAUGGAGCACCAGCUGGAGCUGAGCAACCUGCGAGCCAAGCACGACCUGGAGACGGCCGUGCACGCCAAGGAGAAGGAGGGCCUCCGGCAGAAGCUGCAGGAGGCCCAGGACCAGCGGCGGGACGCGGAGCUGCGCGUGCACGAGCUGGAGAAGCUGGACGUGGAGUACCGCGGGCAGGCGCAGGCCAUCGAGUUCCUGAAGGAGCAGAUCGCCCUGGCCGAGAAGAAGAUGCUGGACUACGAGGGGCUGCAGCGCACCGAGGCCCAGAGCCGCCAGGAGGCCGAGCGGCUCCGGGUUGCCGAGAACAGACUGCAGGCCCUCGGGUCCCCGUGCUCCUCCCAGCACACCCACAUGAUCGAAGCCAAUGACAUCUCCCAGGAGAAGAUCAGGGUGAAAGAGACCGUGGAGGAGCUGCAGGACAAGCUGAACAAGAGGGACAAAGAAGUGACCGCCUUGACAUCCCAGACCGAGAUGCUCAGGGCCCAAGUAAGUGGGCUGGAGGGGAAGUGCAAGGGCGGGGAGAAGAAGGUGGAAAGCCUGCUGAGGGAGACCAGGCGGCUGGAGGCCGAGCUGGAGGCCAUGUCCCGGAAGACCCACGAUGCCUCGGGCCAGCUGGUCCUUCUCAGCCAGGAGCUGCUGCGGAAGGAGCGGAGCCUGAACGAACUGCGCGUGUUGCUGCUGGAAGCCAACCGCCACUCCCCGGGGCCCGAGAGGGACCUGAGCCGCGAAGUCCACAAGGCCGAGUGGCGGAUCAAGGAGCAGAAACUCAAGGAGGACAUCCGGGGCCUGCGGGAGAAGCUGGCGGCGCAGGUCAAAGAGAAGUCCCUGUCGGAACAGAGGCGGUACUCCCUCAUUGACCCCUCCACGGCGCCCGAGCUCCUGCGGCUGCAGCACCAGCUGAUCAGCACAGAGGACACUUUGCGUGACGCACUGGACCAGAACCAGCAGGUGGAGAAGCUCCUGGAGGCCAUGCGCAGCUGCCCCGACAAGUCCCAGGCCCUCAGCGGUCCCGGAUCCGCGAAUGGCAUCCACCAGCAAGACAAGGCCCACAAACAAGAGGAAAAGCACUGACCCUGAAGAACCCGGUGGAGUGGUCCAGCCCGCACCAGAGACCGCUGGCCUGCCCUGAUGGCGCCCCCUCCAGGCAGGGGCCAGGAUGGUCACUUUGGAGACAAGAACAGUGUUUGUAACAAUGACAUACUCACCGCUGUGGACAAUCCCCCUCCCAGAACCCCCUGCCGGACCAGGAGGCUCCCUCAAGCUCGGCCUUCCACUGACCGUGGCAUCCAGGCUCCGCCUGGCACUCGGACACCCAGAUGCCCAGCGGUUUCCAGAGUUCGUCUGGGAAGCCGGGACCAGGGGUCGGCCCCUCCCUCGCCGCCCUCUUCCCUGCCGGUGGGCAGCCCCUGGGAGCUGGAAGAGGGGAGGCUUUCCCACUGCGUCCCUGCUGUCUUCCUCAGCCCUCAGCCCCCUGGGUCACCUAGAGCUGUUUUCCCCGGAGUGGACCUGGGAAAGCACCCAGCGGGUGGGUCUAGGCUGCAGGCACCAGGUAGGAGCCCCUUUUCUGAAGCCAUUUCCUGAUAGAGGUGCCCUCUACUUCCUCAUCCCUAGAUACGGAGCCCCCUUUAAAUAGUGGUACUAGAUUCCGCCACCCUCCUGUCCAGUAGGACUCCAUGUUCUCGGUGCCUGGAGGGUGGCGUGUGACCUCUCUGCCCCACGCCCCACCAGCUGCAGCUAGGAGCUACAGUAUUAGAGAAACUGGGGUGUCGCCCUCCUGCACUCCACCACUGCCUUUGGCCAGCCCUCGUUUGGGGCUAGGGAUGGGGCAGCCACAGGGGAGCCCAGAGCAGGUUUUGACUGGGGUCCCUCCUCCCCACCCGUUGACUAGGUUUGUGUGUGCACUGGCCGUGCAGGCCCGGGUCCCGGGCAGGGCGCACUUGCUGCAUAUACUCUGUGCAUCCCUGUACCAGCAACUGCCGCCUCUCCACCUGCCAGCCCUGCCUCCCGUAACCAGGAUAAGCCCCGAAAGUGUGUUGGACAGAAAAAUCUAGUGGCCUCCCCUCUUUUCUCUGAAGCCCUGCUAAGUUGCUCCAGGCCUGUGUGCGGUGGGAGUAGCUGGCUUCGAGCCUACGCCGGGCCUCAGCAACGCUCUCCCCAAGCUCAGGCUCGCCAGGGAUGAUCCUAUAACGCACCCGGACAGGUAGGCAAAUCUCAUCCAGGCGCAGGCGGGUGGUGCGCAUGCGCUCACCUAAGCGCAGCCUGUCCCACCGUGCAGGUCGGUACCCUGGACCCCUUCCCUGUUGGCUUUUGGUAGCGCUCGCAUGAGGUUUUAUUAAUCAUAGAGAAGCCACGCUUGGGCGGCCUAAUCCAGAGCCCAGUACUGCUCUUGUCCGCACACUCAGGCCAGGGGGCAGCCAUUAGUGACCCAACAGCGAGGCCCGUGCACCAGGUGGGGCUGGAGCCACGGAGCAGCGGUGAUCCUCUGCACCUGCUGCUCGGUUCCAGUUCUGCCAUGGACCCCCCUCCCCCCCCCUUCCUUGUCUUCCUCUCCCCAAAGUGGAAUUGUGGAUGUGUGGCAAGUCCGUGCUCGGGGCAAUAAAGCUUGUGACUGAGGUCCGGAACCUCCA